CAGGAUGUUUGCUAGUUGAUUUAUUCUGCUGUGAAGUCAUGAUAAAGUAAUGUGUGUAUAAUAAAUAAGCAAAAGUAAUAGUGUUUAAUUGCUUUUCGGUUUAGCGCAUGUCCCGUCAGGCUCGCCGUAGGUUAAUGAUCAGUUUAAGGAGCGGUCAUCGGUGUCGGUCAAAGUUAACUUAAACUGGUGCUGACUGCUCCGGAGCGGCACGAACCGCACACACGUCUCCACGAUGGCAGCGCGGAACAUCUCUCACUUCUGGGAGUGGGGCAGGAAGAUCAUCUGCGUGGGGAGGAACUAUGCGGACCACGCCAAAGAGCUGAAGAACGCGAUCCCCACAGAGCCCGUGUUGUUCCUGAAGCCCCCUUCUGCGUACGUCAGAGAGGGCUCCCCCAUCCUGGUGCCGCUGUACUCCGGCAACCUGCACCAUGAGGUGGAGCUGGGGGUGGUCAUCGGCAAGGGGGGCACCGCCAUCCCCCAGGCCGCCGCCAUGGAGCACGUCGCGGGCUACGCUCUGUGCCUGGACAUGACCGCCCGGGACGUCCAGGACGAGUGCAAGUCCAAAGGUCUGCCCUGGACGCUGGCCAAAGCCUUCAACACCUCCUGCCCCGUCAGCGAGUUCAUCCCCAAGGAGCGCAUCCCGGACCCGGCCAACGUCCGGCUGUGGCUCAAGGUGAACGACCAGCUGCGGCAGAGCGGCUGCACCUCCCAGAUGAUCUUCUCCAUCCCCUACCUCAUCAGCUACAUCAGCGACUUCAUCAGCCUGGAGGAGGGGGACCUCAUCCUGACCGGGACCCCCAAGGGAGUGUCCGCGGUGCAGGAGCACGACGAGCUGCAGGCGGGCAUCGAGGACGUCGUUACCAUGAGCUUCAGAGUGGACAGACACGAGUGACAGAGGCUGCCAGUGGAACCAGAACGGAGCCGAACACUCGUGGAGAAGGUCCGUGGAUCAGCAGGUGGCGGUGCUGUGCCACCGGCAGCUGGUGUCUCCUGGAUCUCUGCAGCCUUGGAAACCAGAACAUGAAGGUUAACCUCAUCAGUGAACGCAACACCUGGACCAGGGAUGAGGAACCUUCACACGUGCUCCUGCUCACCAGUGGAGGAGGAAGAGCUGCAGCAACAUGUCAUGAACACGCUCUCCAUCAGGGUCCAGCAUUAACAGGGAUGUUAAUGAAGCACAUCUGCUGUUUUUUUGUUUUUUUGUUUUUUUUUUUACUGUUUUUUGGUGACAAUAAAACGAGCAUGGCUGUGAGCAGGACACCCAAAGAUGUCAUUCUGGUUUUUGGGGAAACUGAAAUACACAUUUUUCACAGUUUUUUAAUAUAGAGGAGAAAAUUAGUUGAUAACUUAAGAAGCAAAAUGACUGACAAUUAAAAUUAAAGUUGGAUGCAUUAAAAGCA